UUCACAAUAACAUACUCUUUAUAUAAACCCGUCACUCCUUCCCCCACGCCUCACUCUCCUCACUUUACUCUCUCUCUCUCUCUCUCUCUUCUAACCAAAUACAAAUCAAGAACGACCUUCACCUUCUCUCUUAAAACUAAAACUAAUCUUAUGUAUACCUCAACUGCAAGACCUUGUUACUUAGAACAAGAUCACGGUUUGGCUUCUAUAAAGGAUAUGGAAAGUGGUGGUGGUCGUUGUUGCAGAAACGGCGUCGUUUCUAGGACUAUGACCGUGGGAUACGCCACCUCUUACAGCAGGGGCAGUAUUAGAAACCUUUCUUCUUCGUCGUCUUCUUCUUCUUCGUCGUCCGUUUCGUCUCCCAGAUCUGCAAGAUUCUAUGACGCCAGAUUCGAAGAUCACCAACCUCACUUCCUCCAAGCUUGUUUUCUUUGCAAGAAGCCCCUGGCUGAUAACAGAGACAUCUUCAUGUAUAGAAGAGCAAAUAGAGAGAGAUGAAGCGAAAGAGAAGAAAAGGAACAUUUCUUCUUCCAUGAAAGCUUUGAGGAACAAGGAGCAAACAAAAUCUGGCUACCCAAAUAAGGCACGAGGCUACUCCUUUCAUACCACAGGGGCAGUUGCUGCCGCUUAAUAAUAAUAAAAGCUAGUUCCAUGGAUCUUGGAUGGAAUAAAGGCUUCUUUUUUCUGAUGCACUACUGCUAUUGCCUUCGGAAAAGCAAAAAAAGAAACAGAGAGAAAAAAACAUUGAAAAAGAGAUUGAAAAUUAACCAAAAAAAACAAGAAUAACAAACGGGAGGUGCACGUUUUAAGUUAUUUUUUGUUUUCUUUGUUUCGACGAACAAAAAGGGGUCAAGAUUUAACAAUAGAGAAGGGGAUGGAACAUUAUGGAAGAAGGGUACAGAGAAUUUUGUGAAUGUAGAUGUAAAUUGUAUUAUUAUACGUUUUGAAGAGUGCAUGUGUUUGCUUCUUGCGUGGGAGAUCCUCUUCUAUAGAAAUGACUCACUUUCGGGUUUUUUUUUUCCUAUAUUUGUACUUUGAUCAAGGUUUUGGGGUUUCUUUUUUCUCUUUUCCUAAGAUCCAUUUGCCUUGUUGAAGUUAUGGUCGUGGUUUGUGCCCAUAAUAGUUUGGGUUUGUUUUGAAUGAGAAAGAAGAACUAAAUACAACUGUAAAAUUUCUGGCUC